AUGUUAAAGUGAUUAGUUUAAGCUGACGUUGCGGUUUUCGCCACCAAACAAGAUGGCGUCGGAGUAACUUUAUUACGUAAUGAAUUUGAGUGACGUCAUCACUUCCACGUCACACCAUGCAAAGGUGUCAGUAUCGGUGGCUUUGGAAGGAGGGGUUUCCCCAACUACGUCAUGGUAUGCGGGUAACUUAUCAACGGGACAAGAAGUGGGGGGGAGAAUUGGAGGGCAUACGCUACCCCAGGUGAUUGCUAUAUCGAUCAUGGCGGUUGUCCUCAUGGUAGUCACCGUCACCGGCAAUUUCCUUGUGAUCGCUUCUUACCGGGCCAACCGACAACUUCGUACAAUCAACAAUAUGUUCCUUGUAAGCUUGGCUUGCUCUGACUUAGUUAUUGGAGUCGUAUCGAUGACCCUCUAUCCGAUCUACAUGAUAACCCGAACCUGGAUGCUCGGGCCAAUACUAUGUGAUAUCUGGUUAUGUAUUGACUAUACAUUGAGCAUGGCAUCGGUGGCGAAUCUAAUGUUGAUCUGCUUGGAUCGCUACUUCUCCGUAACAAGACCCUUCACGUAUAGAGAAGGGAGGACACGUGGCAAGACUCGUAUAUUUAUAACUAUAGCUUGGGUGUUCUCAAUGUUGCUGUGGUCUCCUGCUAUUGUUAUAUGGCCAUUAGUGCGUGGAAGGACAGUUGAAGACGACCAGUGCCAGAUUCAGUUCUUUGAAGACGCAACCAUCACGCUUGUGACAGCUAUACUUGCAUUCUAUCUACCGGUGCUUGUAAUGACUGUACUGUACGGUCUUAUAUACAGAGAAACUCGUAAGUGUUCGCAGUAUUUGGAAUAUUUAAGCAGUUAUGGUAAGUCAAGAUCAACCAGCUCAGCGUCGCCAUUUUUGAACUUGCGCAGGCGAAGUUACAGAGGCCAAACACCAAACGGAUCGCCGAAAUUGGGGUCGUUUCCACUAUUUUCAAAGGCGCCCGGUGAUGGCGGUAAUGAACCAAGAUCAAGGCUGGGGUCCUUUGGAUCUGUGUCGCUGUUUCAACGUCGAUCUAGUAAAGGGAGAAGUAACAAUGAUAAACUUGAGUCUAGAAUCCGUUCGAAUUCAACCGCACCUAGGAUCAGUCUCAGUCCUUUGGCUCAAGAAGCGAAACCUGACUUUGCCGCGAAAACGGAAGAUUCCGAUUUUUGCGAAGUAUUUGUCCCUCCACCGAAACCAAGGUCGAAAAGUUUUGUUGAAAAAGUUCGAUCCAGAAAACAUUCGACUACUGAGAGCAAAUCAAGUCAAAGUUCGAAUGCGACAAAAACCGAAUCAGUUCUGGAAAGAUUAAAACAACAAAGCAGUGCCAGUGAACAAGACAGCCUUGGAGCAAGAGACAGGUCGUCUAAAGUCCGUUUGGUGGCCCCAAAGGUGCAGGUAUCGAACCAUGACGAUAUUGAGAUCACGUGUCCACGUCAACGGGCACGAAGUGGGGGUUCGGUUAGAAUGCCUUCAUCCGAACGUAAAGCAGCGAGAACAUUGAGCGCUAUCCUGUUGGCAUUCGUUGUAACGUGGUUACCCUACAACGUGUGUGCUGUGUAUAAGUCAUUUUGCGCUGAAGGCCACGAAUGCAUACCAAUAGCGGCUUGGGACGCCGCGUAUUACCUCUGCUAUAUUAACUCGACCGUCAACCCGUUCUGUUUCGCUUUGUGCAACAAAACGUUUCGUGAAACUUUCAUACAGUUAUUAUGCGGUCGCAAAAGAGGCAAAAUGGACGACCUGCCACCUUCGAAACGAAAAUCUCGCGCUUUUAAGUUACAACAGUCGUCAUCGUCGUCCAGAAGCACGUAAGAUUAAUGAAAAAAUGUCACGUAGCCAAAUAUAGUUUUAAAAUGUUCCAGGACGCUUCUUUUACCGAGAAUAGACCUUGACAUUUCCCUAACCUUUAAAAUUGGUUAACAGUAAGCUACCGUCUUAUUUACCCACCAAAAAUUCUAGCAAAAUAUGCCUAACAAAGCUUUGCAGCAUGCAUCAAUGCAAACCUUAUGCCCAAGGUGAUAUAAUAAUACAAAUUACCUUAUUGAGUGAGUAAACACGUCAAUGCCCUAUUUUGCAAGAACCUGAAAAUCUAUUAUCAACGUACUUUACCUUCAAGGAGUUACGUCAUCACUGCCCAUUAUGACGUCAUGUAUUUCAAUUGUUGCGUAAGUUGGGAGAAAUGUUCUGUCGAAUAUAAAAAACGUAAACAAGCGGCAAUGGCUGAGUUACGUUGUUUUGAAUGCUAAUCUAUGCACUUACAUUAAGAAAAAGCUUCACUAUUUUAUUUCUUACAGACUAUAUUGUAUUUAUUAUGAAUAAAAUUACUGUUUCGUUUGGA